GUAGCAUCUGGGAUUAGCUGUAGCCGCAGGUAGUAGUCAAACAUCGGGGAGUUGUCGGCUCAAGUUUGUGACUUUUUCCUAAUCAAAAGUCUGAGUGUGGUGAGCUGUGGCGUGUCGUGGGUUUAUCGGGUGCGUGGUUUGGUGUACGUGGACUCACCUGGAGACAAAGUGUGGGCGGUGAAAGAGGCAAAACGCUGGUGUUUUCGGUGUUUUUGAACGCCUCUGUGUCUCUGUCUCACGGAGACUUCCGCGGUUUGCUCGUUGGACAGGUUGUCUGCGGUUAAAGACGAACACAACUCUUAUGCGGUUUCCUCUUAUGCGGUCCCAGGUGUUUUGAGCCAUGCCUGGCCACAGCUCAGGGGCUCCCCCGGCGUCCCGUCACCACAAAACCCACAGCACCGGCACCAGGGCAGAAAAGUACAGACAUAAUCGGACUCUAUCCAGGGAAAGUCAGGACUCCUACAAGGAUCCUCAUGGGGAGCAUCAACAUGAACACCACACUGACCACUCCCGUUAUUCAGAGAACAAGUACAGUCGCAGCAGAGGCCACCCAGGAAACGGCACAGCACGGGGCUCAGAGACUAUAGGAUUUAUUCCUGGGUCAGCAGACAACACGCCCAGCACCAGACAUGCCUGUGGCUCCUGUGCCUCCGUGGGCUGGAGCAGCUGCAAGGCUCUUAUCUGCUGUGUACUAACCUGUGGAUUUUAUAACAGCCAGGAGCCCUGCCUGUCUGCUAACGAGAGCUCCACAGACCACCCCCCUAAAUCAAGUAGAGAACCUCACCCUUCUAACGGCAUAGCCGUGUCUAACCCCACCUGUGGCAUUUCCCUGGAGCCCACCAAGGCCACCAAAGUCUCCAAGUUGCCCACAAGUGACAGCUUCCGCUACCAAGAUGUGCAAAUCGCAGGUAAGAACGUACAGUAUCCGGUCACUGCCGCCAAACGGACCCGCACAACUGGCAAAGGAGAAAGCCACCGGCCAGUCAGCAACACCAGCCUGUUGUCCCGUGAGGACUAUGACUUAGACGACCUCAGUGACACAGGGACAGACAUUGACUCUCUCAUCACCAAGAAGUUGCUGGAGCUUUACGCUCUGCACCAGAUUGACCAGCUGGCCAAAUGCACCUCUGACUCAUCUUUCUCCCGCAAGACCAACGAGAUCAGUGAGCUCAUCUACAGCAUUGCCCAGGAUUACAACCUGGAGGAGCAGGAGGCUGAGUGCAAGCUGGUGCACGGAGUCAUCCGCAUCAGCACGAGGAAGGGCAAGAGAAACAAGAGCCAUCAGUCCACAGGGCAGCGUCCUAAUGGUCGGAGUGAUGGGACGCUCCCUGACAGCGGCAACGAGACCAUGACCAACACCUUCGUCAGCAGUGACUUUCCAGAGGUUAAAGUGUCAGAGCGGACACCAUCAGAUGAGCUAGCCAGGAAAAUGAGACAUUACAGUGGGAAAACAUACUCCUCUAAUACCACCACGGCAUACUCGGCCUACCAUCAUGACACUGAAACAGACUCUUCAGGAGCUCCUCUGCUUCUCUGAAGGCCAACACAGGAACAAAAGCACCUACACUGACAAGAGAUAUAGCCAAACUCAAUGGACAGUUUUAUUCUUCUGCUUUCAUUUAUGCUGUUCCUGAGCAUGAGUGAGUUGUAUGCCUCCUUUUUGUGUGUGUGUGUGUGUGUGUGCGUGUGUGUGUGUGUGUGUGUG